GGGCGUUCCCGAAGCGCCCUGCCCCCGCCAUCCUUCCUAGGUGGGGAGGGGGGGGGCAUCGGAAUGGAAACCCUCGACGUCCUGCCUCGAAAGGAUGGCGACGGUCCGGCGGAUUGGGAACGCCGGACCCCUCGACCAUGCAUGGUUGUCUGGUAUGCAGCGUUCCCGAAAAGAUGGCGGGCGUAUGGCGGGUCACGUGCCUUCUUGAAUAUCUCGGACCACGUGCAAGUGUUUCUGUGUGGUGCUCAUUGCUGUUCUCGUGCCCGUCUUUGUUUUGCAUUUGCCACCGACAGGAAGACCUACGAAGGGAGGACGUUUAGGACCUUCUUCCUCACGUUCGUCUUCGACAGCGCUGGGACGGACUGGGUCAAGGAAGACAAGAAGGUCUCCCUUGACCUGCGUCUCUUCCAAGGAUACGACGUCAAGGCUUUCUCCAUGAAAGCGUUUGACGUGCGUGGGGACGGAACUGAAUUCCGAAUGCUUUCUCCGGAAGAAUUUCUCAGCAAAACAAAUGCCAACCGCGUCACUGGCUGCCUUCCUGUUGUCGACAGUUCUUUCCGGAUGAGCAAACCUUUGGUCCAAUUCAACAGUCCGAUGGACCUGCUGCCAGGUGUGGUUAAGCGGUACAGGGAAGACUUCUUGAAGCUACCGCCUGAUCAGCAAACGGACUGUGUUUUUUUGCCCUUCGAGGCGGGUUCCAAGAGCAGGCGACAAAUGCCGUUUGCGACGACAUGGAAUGUUGGCCGUGAGAAUUCCCAGGGCAGUGCAAUUGCCCUGGACGAGGACAACGACGAGGACGAGGAAGGAGGAAGUGCUGGCCCGCAUGACGACGGCGGUAAUGAAGCAAAUAGGGUGAGACCACAAGAGCUGUGGGACUCGGGGGAUGAGGGCGAGGGAGUGGAUCCUCGCAUGCCCGAAGAUGCUGAUGAGCCAGUUCAGCGCGUCGCGCCCAUCGACACUACUCGUUGUUUCUUCCUCGAAUACGACGACCAAGGCUUUGCUACGCAAGACGUCCAUGCUCUUCACGUGGACGUCAUGAGAAUCAAACGCAUUCCCCGCGGAAGGAUUCUUUUCAACCACCGCUCGUUGUCUGAAAACAUUGUGCGAGGCAUCGAGAAUGCCAUCGAAAGCUCCAUCAGCACGGACCCGGGGGCGUGGGAUAGGCCCGAGCUCGUGCUUGCGCCAAUUGACCGCAAUGACAUUGUCGGCGGCCAGGGAAGACGGAUCACGCCGACCGAAUUCUUGGAAAGGGACCCGGCAGAGUUCGACUGGUACGCUGUCUGUGGUCAGCAUACCGUUGAGGCCAUGAAGAGAUUGGUCAGAAAGGGCUCCCCAGCAGUUAAAGUUUAUGGCCUCAACGCGUACUCUAAGGUGCGGGUCGUCUAUUUCGGAGAUGAUCAAACACGAGGGUAUUUCAAUGUCUCCUGCUUCGACAACACACGCGAAAAUCGCUCCAUGAUGUUGUCAUUCGAGGAUGCUGUCCGUGACAUCAAGCAAUGGUGGAUAGACAACAAUAGAAUCGAGGCCCCAAAAGCCAAGAUCAGCGAGAAGGAUGAGGUGGCCGUUGCACAUCAGAAGACGGGGCAGAACUUCUUGAGGGCCUGCAUGGGGAAGGCAUGCGACAAGGCAUUUGUAAAGCAAGCUCUCGAGAAUGAGUACAGUAAGGAUUGGAGUAAUAGACUCCGGGGCUACAUGAACCUCGCCACAUCCAGUUUCAAAUGGAACUAGUAUUAGUCUUCGUAGGCACUACGACCACCUGAUUUUCUUUUAUGUAUAUAUAUUUUUUUCCUCAAUAUUACGUUCGACCUAAGAUGUUUAGGAUAC